AUGGACCCAUACCGUAAUUCCACGAUAAACGCAAUCCGCAAGACCAUCAUCGCAGUGUCAGGGACCAACGCCUGUCUACUCGCCUUGAACUUCUUUCUCAGCAUCACGUUUGUCUCUCCCCUGUCCCCACCAUUACCUUCAUUCACGCAACUCUAUGAACACUACUUCCUCCCUGUUCCCCAAAUUGUCCUAAACCUCUGCCUCUUUGGGGCAAGCCUUUUCUGCUACAAAGCGCCGCGUACAUGCACGUCUCUCCGAUGGCACUACUACCGCUUGAUCGGCAGCAUGCUUUUCGCUGGGACCAUACUCUUCUUCACUAUCCUUGGACUUGUCAGGAUUAUAGAGUACAUCCCCAGUCCUAGAGAGCAUCUGCGUGCAUGCGACGCGCUUGAUGAAAUAGGAAGGAUCAACAACCAUCCCUGUGGUAUCCACGUCUUUGUCGCUGUCUUUGAACUGUUUGUGGUCUUCCUGGUCCUCCUGGAAGGCGUGUGGACGUUUAGAAGGGCUCUGACAGAACAAAGAAUUGUUGAAGCAGAGGCGAAACGAAAGCGUGAGCAAAGGAUGCUUACCCUAGCAAGGCUGAUUAGCCAAGAGCCUGGAAGGCUGGAAGCAGCAGCCAGAGGUCAAUCACGGCCUGUUCAGAUGUUGGACCGAUCUAGUCGCAGUCGACGAUUUCGACGACUUUAUUCGUCCCAUGAUUUGUACCUUCAUGAAAGGCACAUUCCUCGGCAGCGAACAGGGCUGGAGCACACCUUGGCUUUACAGAUCCUGGUCGAGCAAGCUCCUUCGGCUGAAAGAGAGCGAAUGCUGAACCGACGUUUCAUCCGAUUAACUACUAUCAGAGAAGCGGAGGAGGAGGAGGAGGAGGAUCAAGAGGAGGAGGAUCGGGAGAUCGAAGAGCCGCCGCCAGCGUAUGCGAGGUCUGCGUCGCCAUGUCGACGACUGAGUGAGUCUACGGUUCGUAUACUUCUGGGAGCAGGAACAGAGCGUGGGCGGGAAUUGGCACCGCCUGUAGACAUCGCAGGCGAAGAUACACUAUCGCGACCACCAACCUACACGCUCUGA